GUCGAACGAGGUGCCCUGGCCGUGGGAUCUGCAGUAGGAGCUCUCUUGAAUCCCCGAAGAGCAGGUAUGUCGAGUCCUCCCAGCCACAGACAACGCCAGCUAACCACCCGCGUCUGCUUGUACCAGACCUAGUAGCAACCUGCGGCGAAGCGACAGCCACGCCCUACUUUAUCUACCGACUGCGCGACGCGAUGCUGUCCGACCCAACCGGACGACAAAUCCUGCGUGACCGUCCCCGCAUCACCUCCGAAUCCCUCCGUCUCCCCUACCUCCGCUCCCUGCCCGAGAACUCCGUCGGACGCACCUACGCCGCCUGGCUCGACCGCGAAGGCGUCUCGCCCGACACCCGCGACAGCGUGCAGUACAUUGACGACGAAGAGUGCGCAUACGUCAUGCAGCGGUACCGCGAGUGCCACGACUUCUACCACGCCGUGACGGGGCUGCCCGUCUUCGCGGAGGGCGAGCUGGCCCUCAAGGCGUUUGAGUUCCUGAACACGGUGAUCCCCAUGACGGGGCUGAGCCUGUUCGCCGCCGUGCGGCUCAAGCCUGCUGAGCGGGAGCGCCUCUUCUCGCUGUACUUGCCCUGGGCGGUGCGCAGUGGACUCGGGAGUAAGGAGGUUAUCAACGUCUACUGGGAAAAGAUCCUGGAGAAGGAUGUCGGCGAGCUACGCGCGGAGCUCGGGAUCGAGCAACCGCCGGAUAUGCGGGAUAUUCGACGCAUGAUUCGGCAGCAGAAGAAGCGGGAGAAAGAGAAUGUGGCUCAGCAUGCGUAGGCGAUUCUCCUCUCCCUCCUCCCUCUCCUUCUUCUCUUCUUUUUUCAGGACCCACUGUAUUAUAGUAAACUGAGCAAGCGUUGGUUCAUAUUUGGGAGCAUGUACACGAAACAACGGAGUGUUAAUGUAUUUGUAUGGAUACAGCUGACCAAGGCGAAGCUGUU